AUGGAAUAUGAUAAUUGUGUAUCAUUAGAAGCUGCAGGUCAUCUUUUUAAAAAGAUUGGUGAUCAUGAUCCAAAAACCAUUUCUAAAGUAUUAAUGAAUGGAAAAUCACACCCAUUAAUAAAGUUAGAAAAUAUUAAUUUGGGUGAUGAAGGUGUAAAAACUAUUUCCAAAGCUUUAGGGCAGCAAGCUAUUGUUUCAUCAUUAGAUCUCUCAAGUAAUAGUAUUACAGAUAUAGGUAUAAAACAUUUAUGUGAAGGUAUUGAAAGUAAUCGUUAUUUGUUAUUCUUAAAGUUAGAUAAUAAUCCAAUUGGUGAUCAAGGUUUAAAAUUAUUAUGUCAAUCAUUGAAAUCAAAACAAUGUGUACUUAAAUCAUUAUAUAUCUCUGAAUGUGAUAUAACCGGUAAAUCAAUGGAAUAUUUAGUAGAUGCAUUAUCAGUCAAUCAUACAUUAGAAACCAUUCAUUUAAAUAGUAAUAAAAUCUCCAAUGAAGGUGCUAUCAUUUUAUCCAAAUUAAUCAAUGGUUCAAGUCGUUUAAAGAAUCUUUCAUUGUUUUUCUGUGGAAUUGGUGAUGCUGGUGCCAAUGCUUUCCUUCAUCAAUUCGAGAAUCCUGAAUUCAUUAAAUAUCGUUUUUUAGCAUUAACAAUUAAAGGUAAUAAAAUCAAUACUGGUAUCAUUGAAUCAAUUAACAAAUGCUUAAUUGGAAAGAAAAAUCAUAUCAAAACCGAAAGAAUGAAAGCUGAACAUCAAAAAAUGAUUGAUGACCAAGUUAAAUUGAAAAUGAAAACAGUUAAUCUUGAAAUGGAAAAGAAAAUGAACUCUAUUCAAUUGGAAUCAAAGAAAAAGUUAGAAGAAGAAAUCAAUAGUAUCAAUGAAGAAUCUAAAAAGAAAUUGGAUGAAAGAAUCAAUAAUAUCAAUGAAGAAUCUAAAAAGAAAUUAAAUGAAAAAUUAAAAAAUAUUGAAAAGAAAGAAGAAAAUUUAAAUGCAAGAGAUUCUGAAUUUAUUAAUAGAGUUAAACAAUUUGAAAAAGAAAAAGAAAAGAAAAAAAAAGAAAAUCAAUUACAACAAUCAACUGAAAAUCCAAUUAAUAAAUCAUUAAUUCCUUCAUCUUCAAAUAUAAAGAAACCAAUUAAAAAGAAAUAUAGUGAUAGUAUAAUUAUUGUAAUUGCAGGUGAUAAAACAAAAGAUAAAGAAUUAUUAAUUGAAUAUUGUAUGUCUGCUUUAGAAGAUUGUAGAAUUGAAGCAGAGAAUGAUUUUGAAAAGAUUUUCACUGGUAUUAUUCAAAUUGAUAAUAAACCAAUUCAUUUCACUUUUGUAAAUACUUCAAGUGAUGAUCGUUAUUCAAGACUUCGUGCACUUCAAUACGAACAAGCCGAUGCUGCUGUCAUUGCAUUCACUACCAAUGAUAGAAUCUCCUUUGAAGAUAUUCCUUUCCAAUGGAUACCAGAAAUUGAAUUUAUGGGUAAAAUUCCAAUUUUUAUCACUGGUAUGUACCCAGAGAAAAGAUCAAAUCCAUUAAAACCAACUGAUAUCUCUGUUGAAGAAGGUAGAACCACUUCUUUGAAAUUUGGUGCUUCAAAUUAUUUCGAACCUACAAAUUCAUUAGAUAUUAGAAAUAUUUCUCAAAUUGUUUAUAAAGAUGUUAAAAAGAAAAAGAAAUAG